AUGAUUCAAAAGUGAGUAACCACUGCUUUGAACGUCAACUUGUUCUUCCUUUGACUUGUUUGAUUCUUUUAUCUACUUUUACCAUGAUCGGCCUUCAAGCGCACAAGGAUUUUCUUUCAAUCUCCCUGCAGCCUAAAUGAUGACCCCUUGCAUUACCAUUUUCUUGAGCAUAAGUCUUGCUGUGAAAGCAUAGUAAUAUAGGCUUUAUCACCCUAAUCUACACAUUCUGUCCUGGUAACCGUCUGUUUUUCCAACUAAAAGAGGUAUAUAGUACGGUAGUGUUCGAUGCGUUUGAUUUGUCCACGGUUAGUAAAGUUAAGUGUCAUAUGGCUUACUUUAGGUGUUCUAUUACACUAAAUUCCACCAUUUCAAUAUGUCUGAAUUAUAAAAUCAUGGACAAAAUAAAAAAAUGUUUACUUCUUUGACUUGUUGUAUGUUUUUAGAAGAGGGUUUAUGGAACGGAUAACAGUAACUGAGCAACUUGUUUUCCCAGCUACUAUGACGAUUUCAUGACAUUUUUUUCUUAAUGGCCGAGCUUAUCCAAAACAUUUGGAGCAAACCACAAAAUACUGCUUGAGAAAGCAGACUGUUCAAGUAGUUGAUGUUGUCUAAUCGACUUUCUGAGACCACGUCGCAACACCAAGUAACAAUAAGACAUCGUCCUCAAAUGUAACCACCCUUAUGCGUCCUUUUCAAAAUGAUCCCCAAGUAAAUUGCAUGUAAAAAUUAUUUGAUUUCGGCAUGUGUGUAGUCAUUAAGAAUUCUUUCAAUUCCUAAGCACAUUUGGCAACAAUACGUUUGUCACACAAAUGCUGUGCAGGCGAGCACAUACGACAUACCCUCAUGUUGAAUAAUUUUCGUUACCGAUGGUAUGCACAGCGCACCACUUGAUAGGUCCUGCCGCCCUUCAGCUGGAAGAAAUCGUCGUUGCAACAAGGGAAGUGAGGUUGUCCACUUUUAUGUCACGCGCCGGUCUGGACUCUUUGUGGACCGCAAAAAACUUUAAGAAAGUUUCCACUAACGAUUUUAACGCUGAAAAUUUUUUUGCGCAUGAUUUAACAAGACAUACAAACCAUAGAUCAUUUAAGUAAACGGGAAAGCCACUCGGGAUUUAGUAGGGUGCAUUCAGGUUUUUACGCAGCAGUAGCGCUUGGUACGUUUGCGGUGUCAUUCGCGUUUGUUUGUGGAAUUCUGCCGACUGAGUAGUUGACUGGGUACUCCAACACCUGUUUUCAGGUAGCUUUAGUGUCCUGGCGAUGGGUUUCCAUAAGUCUUUUGCUUAUCUUGCCAUUUUCUAACCCUUAGCUUAUGUUUAUGGUUAACUUUAGUAAGCAAAUGUCCGACGGCGAUCUGGCAGUCGUCGAUGAGUUUUACAGAUGGGGCAGGGACCUCCCCACUUCUAAAUUGGAUCUCAUCGGUAAGUCACUGUGCAAUAGCAUAUAAUCUAUACACUGAACCCUCCUCGCUGCCGGCCUUCAUAUGACUUGCCGAGGGCAGAAAAAAAGCUUGUUUGAAAGGGCUGUAAUAGACGGAAACUAAAUGGAAUGGCCAACUCACUUUCAUUGGCACGAUGAGCGCUCGCCAGCAGUGCAACACUAUCAAGACACGUGUCCGAGCUUUCAGCUGGUUUCCAUGCUGACAACAUGGUGAAUCUAUAAGUACUUGUAUGUUACCGACUGUCUGCAGACAGAAUAUGAGUAUCGUGCAGUUAGUCCGUUAGUGCUGAUGUGUACUUGGUCAAAUAUUCACGCAAACCUUCGGACCUCCCCAGAAAGAGCUUGUCUCGGGGAUUACACCCCAAGUUCGCGCACCGAUUUCUGCAGAACUGAGAAAGUUGAACAUAUAGAUAUUUAUUAUGCCUUAGUGAAGAGGAUGAACUGACGUUUAAGGAAUUCCCUCAUUUUGAUCGUCAAAAGGGCGGGGCGACUCUUCCUUGUGGCCUGCCACAUAGCCUGCACAAACCUUGUUAUUAAUUUUUAGUUUUGACCUCUGUGUGGCCGACAAUUGGCGGGCUCGCGUGCCUACCAGUCCUCCUCUCUCUGCGUCUGCUAAUUGACUUCGGCUUUGUGGUCCACGCUGGCUUUGGUCGUCUUCUGUGCGGACAUCAGUUUGCCUUGUUCGAACUCAUUUGGUCCUUGUGCGUAGUAGUAGUAGUAGUAGUAGUAGUAGUAGUAGUAGUAGUAGUAGUAGUAGUAGUAGUAGUAGUAGUAGUAGUAGUAGUAGUAGUAGUAGUAGUAGUAGUAGUAGUAGUAGUAGUAGUAGUAGUAGUAGUAGUAGUAGUAGUAGUAGUAGUAGUAGUAGUAAAGGUAGCAGAGCCGCCUGACUUUACUUGAAGAAGGCAAAGGAAACUGAGGAAUUUAACAGCUGCGCCGGAGGCUGAGUAUUGUCCUAAUACUCUAAAAUUCGCCUGCAAGGGGGUAACUUCUUGAUCUUAAUUGUAUGGGGUCCAAACGCCUUGUGAUAUUAAUCUUGCAACGAAAGUCUGUAGUAAAAGCUCCAUUGAUCGGUACAUCCAUACUUAGGGAAGUAACCAUCCUGUUGCUCUUUAAAGAAGCCCAGUGCUAAUAAUUUGUUGUCAAACCUUCCAUCUUGUUCGCGAAGACGAUCAUUCAAGAAGGGGUCGGUUUACUUAUACCGGAUGCCUGGGGUGGAACUCAAUGUUCUUGUAUUUGACUUUGUAUUCUUGUCCAUUUAAUCUUCACGCACUCGCCCUUCCUUCGUAGUAUACCUUCGUUGCUCUCCCGAAGUCUGUGCCGAACGCAUCCGAAAGCGGGAUCGUCGUGGAGAACAGGCUAUCUCAAUGGUCAGUUUUCCCCUCUCGAAAAUUCCUUUCCCGAGCCUAAAAUUCCCUUCUGAAGAAGAACCUUGUAGAAUAUCACAAAAUAAUUCUUUCAUUCAUAGGAAUAUCUUCGGCAAUUGCACAAUUUUCAUGAGAAGUGGCUGCUUGGCGGCAUAAACGACAACUGUCCAGCCCCAGUUCUGGUAAGUUUGUGCACAACUCCGGCUGUUUAUAGUUGUUUUGCUUAGUUGUGUAACAGACCGCCUCCCCCGUGGCCAUAAUUAUAUAUUUCAAAGAUGUGGUUACCUCAGAUUUCUUGGAUGAGUUCAGCACACAUCAGUCUGUUUAAAAUUGGGUAGUCAGUUGAAAAUCAGCUUUACAAACCUCAAUCUAGUCAUGAAUGCUUCCUUACGAAUUGUUUCCUCAAACGGAAGGCGCACAUGUUGGGCGCAGCACACCUCAUCUCAGGAAGGCUGACUUCAUCCGCAUGCGGACAGGCGAGUUCCAGAAAACAGCUCAGUAGAAGAAGAAGAAGAAGAAGAUGAUGAUGAUGCUGAUGAUGAUGAUGAUGAUGAUGAUGAUGAUGAUGAUGAUGAUGAUGAUGAUGAUGAUGAUGAUGAUGAUGAUGAUGAUGAUGAUGAUGAUGAUGAUGAUGAUGAUGAUGAUGAUGAUGAUGAUGAUGAUGAUGAUGAUGAUGAUGAUGAUGAUGCAAUCGCUGAAGCAAGAAGUUUAUUGGCCUGUCGUUUCGUAUUCUUGCUCUAACCCAUCACCAGAGACCGUCGCAGACAGGAGUGUUUUGCGACUGUCUCUGAUAAUGAGUUCGUGUGAGUGUCCGAACCAUCAGACCAGUAAACUUCUUCCAAUGAUCGCCUCUUCAUCUUCAUCUGCAUUCUGUCCUGGUAAUUUGCGGACUUUUCACCGCUCUCAUGUUUGUCGCUGCUUGUCAGAAUCCUGCCAAAAGCAAGGUACCCUAAAAUAACUUGAAGUGUACGAGAAAUUUGCUAACGGCAGAACUAACGACAGUGACACGAGCGACCCGGAAUUGUAACCGCCUUCCCAUAGCGGAAGUGGCGUUAGCCUGGUUUCAGCGUGAACUGUAGGGCUGAGUUCAAAUCACAAGCCUUUUCGAUUCGAAGUUAUGUUAUGAUCUGCCGACAGCCCCAGCAAAACCCCAAAAAUACUCCUCAGCAAUACUUUUCGAUUAUUGAUUACGGGGGCCAUAGUUGUGCUUAGUAAUACUUGCCUGUGAGAAAGGAAGAAAGGAAAGACUAGAGUGGACAUUUUUAGGCUUAUGAGUCGUCGUGAGCCGUAACCCAUCCCAGGUUUCCAUAACCUAGGAUUUUAACUCCGAUUACUCGCUUAUCGGAUGUUUCUAAUUCAAACGCUCAACCAAUGAGUCUCGACCUGUUUUUAACUAUAACGCCUGUCAUUCUAGCCAAAAUGAUGGGAGCGCGUAACGCAGCCUCUUAAGAAUCGAGUUUAAUCGGUCUUCAGGCUUGCAAGACUAACUCUAUAUUCUUGUUCCAUAUACUGUUUUUUCUUACAGGUUUUUGACUGUGACGAACCGCUGGAGACCCUAACCCGCGUUUACUAUGAACGUCGGGAACAAGUCAUGUGUGGUGUCAAGGUGUGA